UGUUAUGUUGAAUAUCUUGAUUUCACAAUUUCAUGCAUUUUUCAACAUUUCAAAGACACUCUUUUUCAAAUCCGAAAAAAGUUGAUUCCUUAAUCUCCCUCUAAAAUGUGGAAAGCAAGAUAAAUACUUGAGAAAUUAGGUCGAAAAAUGGCGGAAUUUAAUCCUCCAAAAAGAUGAUUCCAAAGAAAGACAGGCGAAAAAGGAGAUACACCUAACCCACCAUUCCACCAAUACCAUUUAUGCAGAAAUAUCAUGGAUUCAUAAAUGUUACUCUGUUGUAAAGUACAUCUGUUUCCCACUAAAAAGUUAAAACCCAGAUAAAUUCUCAAUUCCACAUUCAUCCAAAUUGCUAAACCCAUUAAUUCUCUCUCUUAAAAAUCAAAACUUUUAAAUACCCAUUUUCACUUUCUUCCAAAAAAAAACCAUUUUUUUUGCUUCAAUGGUUCUCACAUGCCCUAUUUUCAGCUCCAAAUUCUGAAGAAAACAACCCAGGUUUUGGUCCUUUUUGGUAAUUUUUACCUGUUUUAAAUUCAUCUGCUCUAAAAAUUUAUAUAAUAUUAGAGCAUUGUAUUAUUUAAGUUAAACCCUAUUUUUAUUGGGAUUUUAGUAGCUGUUGUAAGCAUAAAGAUCACAUUUUUAUUCUUGGGUUUUUGCUCAUUUGAUUAGAAUGGAAAUGGGGAAGAAAUUGGUGCCUAUUUGUUUGUUGAUGUUGUUGAUUGAAGUUGUUUUAGUGUCUGCUGCUGGUAAAAACAUCCAGGAAGUUAAUAUAUGGCCAAUGCCAAAGUAUGUUAGCAAUGGGAAUAAGAUUCUUUAUCUAAGUCAUGAUUUUGAGUUAAGAACUGUUGGGAGCAAGUAUGGUGAUCAAUUAGGGAUUUUGAAAGAUGGGUUUUUGAGAUUUAUGGGUAUUGUCACCUUGGAUCAUGCCAUUGAUGGUAAUUUUUCGCGGUUAGGCCAAUCGGCUUUCCUUAAAGGGAUCAAUGUGGUUAUUCAAUCACCAAGUGAUGAGUUGCAUUCUGAGGUUGAUGAAUCAUACAACUUAACUGUUCCUGCUUCUGGGAAGCCUGCUUAUGCACACAUUGAGGCAAACUCAGUAUACGGGGCUUUACAUGGACUACAGACAUUCAGCCAGCUCUGUGGUUAUAACAUCAGAACUAGGCUAAUAGAAGUUGGUAUGGUUCCUUGGACAAUAUUUGAUUAUCCAAGAUUCUCUUAUCGGGGUUUGCUUAUAGAUACAUCGCGACACUAUCUACCGAUGCCUGUGAUUAAGAAAGUCAUUGAUUCCAUGACAUAUGCAAAGCUGAAUGUGCUGCAUUGGCACAUUGUAGAUUCACAAUCUUUUCCACUAGAGAUUCCCUCAUAUCCAAAGCUUUGGGAUGGUGCAUAUUCUGCAGCAGAACGGUAUACAAUGGCUGAUGCUGCUGAAAUUGUGAGAUAUGCUCAAAGACGAGGAGUGAAUGUACUUGCCGAAAUUGAUGUCCCCGGACAUGCUGGUUCAUGGGGUGUUGGUUAUCCUUUGCUGUUUCCAUCAGCAGACUGUAAGGAGCCACUUGAUGUCAGCAACGAAUUCACCUUCCAAGUUAUAGAUGGGAUUCUUAAAGAUUUUAGCAAGGUUUUCAAAUAUAAAUUUGUUCACUUAGGAGGCGAUGAAGUUGAUACAGGUUGCUGGGAAUCAACUCAUCGUGUGAGUAGAUGGUUGCAGACUCAUAGAAUGGUUGGCAAACAAGCUUACCAAUACUUUGUUUUGAGAGCACAAAAAAUUGCAAUUUCGCAUGGAUAUGAGAUUAUUAACUGGGAGGAAACAUUUAACAGUUUUGGUGAUAAACUGGACCGAAAGACUGUGAUCCAUAAUUGGCUAGGGGGCGGUGUUGCUGAGAAGGUGACUGCAGCUGGGUUAAGGUGCAUCGUAAGCAACCAGGAAAAUUGGUAUUUGGACCAUAUAGACACCACAUGGGAUCGGUUCUAUAUGAAUGAACCUUUAACUAAUAUCACAAAUCCCAAGCAGCAAAAAUUAGUCUUGGGAGGUGAAGUUUGCAUGUGGGGUGAGCACAUUGAUGCAUCUGACAUUGAACAAACCAUAUGGCCUCGUGCUGCUGCUGCUGCAGAGCGUUUAUGGACAUCGUAUGAAAAGCUAGCUAGGAAUCCAAGACAAGUAGCUAGAAGACUCGCACAUUUCAGGUGUUUGCUUAACCAAAGAGGAGUUGCAGCUGCUCCCUUGGUUGGCCCCGGCAGGACUGCUCCCGAGGAACCAGGUUCUUGCUAUGUUCAAUGAUGAAACUAACAACGCAUUGUCGUAAGUUAUAGUAAAAGUACACUAAAAUAAAUCAAUUUGAGUUUCCUUGUGCAUAAGAAUUUAUCCAUCAAAAUUACAUUUUUUGUGAUUUUUCGAUUCACCAGAAACGAGAAAUCACGAUUUUUCUUACCCCUAUUCCUAGCAUGGGUAAUAUCCAAUUACCAUUUAAGGUAUAUGUACUUAUGUAGGUCAUUUCUGCUACAAGAUAUUCAACUUUCUAUAUUGAAAUCAUGAUACUAUUGAUUCUUUUUCUCGAGAUAA